AUGGUCCUCAACGUCAUCGAACCCGUUCAGACGCGGUACAUCCCCCUGGCUGAAGAUCUGGAGAAGUUUCUCAGGGCCAAGUAUGAGCAGGAAUACCCUAGUUAUGAGUUCAACGUCGAGCAUGUCUGCGACCGAUGGACCUUUGAGGCACCAGAGAAAAUUGAAGAGGAGGAGAUUACUCGUCUCAUUGAAGAGAUUGAGGAAAAUGUGAAAGCAAUUAAUACAGAAUAG